UGGCCCAAUUGCCCAAGUCCAAUAUGCUAGUAAAAUUAGGUAAUCCUCCGUCAUCCUCUUCGCAAGCAAUUAAACGGAGCAACUAAAGGCAAGUAAGGCCGCUGCGGAGUGCGGACUACGCUGAACCGCUGCGACGGCGCCGACUAUCAGCUAAGCUGCCGUCUACCAUCGCUCCGGCUACCAUCUCCGGUCGAACAUUUCAGGAAUUUCAACUGUAGAAACUAUGAAUUUGAUAUCUCAAAAUGCUGCUUCUAAAAACCGAUCUGGCAAGAAGAAAAGGGUGGUAAUCGAUGAGCAUCCACUUCUCGAUAGCAAUGAACAAACUCAAGAGAUGAAAACAUCUGAUGCAGCAGACUCAAAUAGCAAUGAACAAACUCGAGAGAUGAAAACAUCUGAUGCAGCAGACUCAGGUCACCGCAAAAGAAAGAAGAAUAGCAAGGGGUUAAAGUCAGAGGAGGUGGAGGAAAUGAACAGGCUUGAGAAUGUCUUGUUUGGCUCCUUACACUCACCUAUUGAAUAUGGAAAUGAAGAAGCUGACAAAGAUUCUUCAUUGUUUGUUGUGGAUCGAAUUGGCAGCAGUUCAUUGACUCCUUACGAACAUGAUGAAACACAAAUGCUAGAUGGAAGAAGUGAUGAAGAGGAGGAGGAGACAAAGGAACGGAAACCAGUUUGGAUAGACGAAGAAGAAAAGAAGACCAGCAUAAACCUGGCCGCAGUAAACAGAUUGAGAAAGCUAAGGAAGGAAGAAGAUGAGACUGUAGUUUCUGGGUCCACAUAUGUGAGCCGAUUGAGAGCACAACAUGUUAAGCUGAACCCAGGGACUGAGUGGGCCCGACCUGAUUUCCAGAGAGGAGGAAGCUUAUUAUCAGAUGAUGAAGAUUCUGAUAUAGAAAACGGCAAUAUCCUUCGUACAAAUGAAGAACUUGUUGUGAAAAGCAGCACAAAGCUGUUACCAGGAAUUUUAGAACAUUCUAGACUGGUUGAUGCGAACAGAAAGGAGUAUUCAAACGGUCCUAUAAACUCUGUCCAGUUCCACAGGAACAGCCAGCUUCUUCUUGUUGGGGGAUUGGACAAAAGGCUUCAAUUCUUUCAAGUUGAUGGGAAAGAGAACACCAAAAUACAAACUGUCUUCAUUGAAGACUGUCCGAUUAAAAAGGCAGCUUUUUCGCCCGAUGGUUCUCAAGUCAUCAUAUCUGGUAGACGAAAGUUCUUCUAUGCCCUUGAUUUGGUCAAGACAACAGUGGAUAAAAUUGGACCUCUGGUUGGAAGAGAGGAGAAGAGCUUGGAAAGCUUCGAGGUAUCUCCCAAUUCUGACAUGAUCGCAUUUCUAGGCAAUGAAGGGUAUAUUUUGUUAGUGUCCCUCAAAUCAAAGGAACUGAUUGGCACCCUAAAGAUGAAUGGGACAGUUCGGUCAAUAGCUUUCACCAAUGAUGGCCAACAAUUAUUGAGUUCUGGUGGCGACGGUGAAAUUUACCACUGGGACUUGAGGAAAAGGGCUUGUUUUCACAAAGGUGUUGAUGAAGGCUGCAUUACUGGCACUUCUCUCUGUGCCUCACCAAACGGGGCACUAUUUGCAGCCGGUUCAGACAGUGGGAUUGUGAAUUUGUACAACAGGGUGGAUUUCUUGGGGGGAAAGAGGAAACCCAUGAAGAGAAUUGAGAAUCUCACUACCAAAGUUGAUUAUAUGAAGUUCAACGGGGAUUCUCAGAUACUUGCUAUAUGUUCGAGCAUGAAGAAGAAUAGUAUGAAGUUGGUGCAUGUUCCUUCAUGCACCGUUUUCUCAAACUGGCCUCACCAGAACCAAAUGCUGCAUUAUCCGAGGUGUUUGGAUUUCAGUCCUCAGAGUGGAUUUAUGGCUUUGGGGAAUGCCAAAGGGAAAGUUUUGCUAUAUAAGUUGCAUCAUUACCAUCAUGCAUAAGUUUUGGCCUUAAUUUACUGUUUUUUUAAUCUUAUUUGUUGCCAUGUGGUUAUUUAUUUGUAUGCAAAAGAAGCACACCCCCACCAACAUUGAUAACGUUGUAGACUUGUAGUGUUUUGAUGAACUUAUGAUUUUGGUUAUGGUUUGGCUCUUUGGUAUUGUUUCUGGCCUAUUGCAACUUAAAUGAGAUGCAACUUACC